AUGUGGUUUGACGUAAGCUUGGCCAAAUACGUGAUUCUGUCCGUGAUUGUAGCUCCUGAGAAUGUGACGCAAGGUCCCACAACUGAGAGAAACAUUCCUCUGACUCAUCUGCCCAAGGUCCUCAAGAGUGGAAUUGUUUUGGCAACAGGUCGAGCCCACACCUCUGGCCGUGAUGCACCCUUCACCACAGGCAUGACCCUACCCUCACCUGGACUCCUCACCUUGGCCAGACUCUUGCCCUCCACUUCCCCACGGACCAUUGGAUCUAUCCCCAUAGCAGAUUACAGUUUUACUGGACCGACUCUCACCACCAUAGGGCGCAAGAGAACUAUGGGGUCCCAGGCAGUGGCUAAGUCUCCCAGCAGUAUCCAGGCCCCUUCUGUUGCCCCAGCACCUAUCUCCACCAAGUCUGGGCCCCCAAGCACCAGAUCACCCACCACAGGAAUGUGCCACACCAACCGAUCUCUUCCCAACAAAUUACCUCCUGUCAGGCAUCAGGAUUUUGAUCCCACCUUGCUCGCCAUGGUGCUGGCCUUCCUCCCAGCGCUGAUGCUGGUGGUCAUAUUCUAAGGAUUUUGGAAGAGGAGGCACAUGGACAGUAAGUAA